AUGCGUCGAGUAUCGGUUAUACCAGCGACUGCUUUUGCGAUCACUGCAAAGGCAGCGUCUAUUGCUGAGUUAUGUACAGUGCACAACAUACAGUCUGCCAUACCUUCCAACGGGACGUUGAUAGGAGUCGAUGUACUGCCCUCGACUGUCACUGCAAACGCCGUCUACAAUGCAACUGUCGGGCAUGGCAUGUCCCAAAUCAGUUCUUCAACCUACUCUUAUUGCAAUGUGACGGUGGCCUAUACUCAUACGGACAAGGGAGACAAAGUUCUCCUCAAGUACGCCUUUCCAAACCUUUCCGACUAUAAAAACCGCUUCUACGUUGCUGGAGGAGGUGGCUUCUCCCUCUCACAAGACCCAACUGGGGGUCUUUUCUAUGGAGCAGCUGGUGGUGCUACCGACGCGGGUUAUGACGCCUUCAACCGAAGCUACGAUGAGGUUGUCCUAUAUGGCAAUGGAUCUAUCAAUUGGGAUGCGACGUACAUGUUCUCUUACCAAGCCCUCGGAGAAAUGACCCUUAUUGGCAAAACACUAACAAAGACUCUUUACGGGACGGCUGAGGGCAAGAUCUAUACAUAUUUCGAGGGCUGCUCAGACGGCGGCAGAGAGGGCAUGAGCCAAGUUCAACGAUGGGGGGAACUAUAUGACGGUGUCAUCGCCGGAGCACCUGCAUUCCGCUUCGCCCAGCAACAAGUUCACCAUGUCUUUUCGUCGGCCGUAGAACAAACGCUCGAUUAUUACCCACCUCCAUGUGAGUUGGCUAAGAUUGUCAAUGCAACUAUCGCCGCCUGUGACCCCCUCGACGGCCGAACCGAUGGAGUUGUUUCGAGAACAGAUCUCUGUGAGCUACACUUUAAUCUGUCUUCCAUCAUAGGAGAAACAUAUUAUUGCGCCGAGAAAAAUAGCACGUCUCUUGGUUUCGGAUUCAGCAAGCGUCAAGCUCCGGGCAGUGCAACGAGCUACCAGCCUGCUCAGAACGGGACAGUAACGGCACGAGGUGUCGCUGUUGCGGAAGCAAUUUAUAAUGGACUUCACACUACCGACGGGCAGCGAGCCUACUUGUCCUGGCAAAUUGCAUCUGAGCUCGAUGACGCCACGACAAAAUAUGAUACAGCGACGAAUUCGUGGAAGCUCGAUAUCCCAUCCACAGGUGGUGAAUACGUCGCCAAGUUCAUCCAGCUGUUGGAUUUAGACAACCUGUCUAAUCUUAAUAAUGUCACCUACGACACCCUAGUCGACUGGAUGAAUAUUGGAAUGAUACGAUACUGGGACAGUCUGCAAACAACGCUUCCCGAUCUUCGGGCAUUUCAAUCCAAUGGUGGCAAACUGCUUCACUACCAUGGCGAAUCUGAUCCCAGUAUCCCUGCAGCGUCUUCAGUGCAUUACUGGCAGUCUGUCCGUUCCGUCAUGUACCCCAAUAUGCCGUCCGAGGAGAGCCUCACAGCUCUCGACGACUGGUACCAAUUGUAUCUUGUGCCAGGGGCGGCACAUUGUGGGAGUAAUAAGCUACAGCCUGGCCCGUAUCCUCAGAGCAACAUGGAAAUCAUGAUAGGUUGGGUGGAAAAGGGAGAGAAACCCAGCAGGCUUAAUGCGACGGUGUCUACUGGCUCUUAUCAGGGUGAGAACCAGAUGCUGUGCAAGUGGCCGACUCGACCUCUCUGGCGGGGGAAUGGGUCAGAGUUUGGUUGUGUGAAUGACCAACAGUCAGUUAAUAGUUGGACGUAUACAUUUCCUGCUUUUAAGUUGCCUGUAUAUUAG